AUGAGCCCUUCGCCCAGGCUGCUGUUUGCCAUGUUCGCCACGGCCACAUCACCGUGCCCGAAUCCAGGAGGUGGUUGCAACCAUUCGCAUCUUCGAGCGAUGAUGCGCCCGUUUUUGGAUGGUCUUGUCCAGCAAUGGGAUGCCAAUGGCUCCUCGGCAUCAGUACUGUACUUUAUGCCACUCAAUCUGUCGUUUUCACUCAUCACAUUCACCAUGCUCCCUCUCUCCCUCUUUGUUUCUCGGGUUCUACAAGGCUGGACAUGCGCAGGUCUGAAGAAAGGCCGGACUAUCCUCCUUCAUGGGUUUGGCCGAAAAGCGGUGCCCGCAAGUACCCCCACGGCCAUGGGAACGUAUGCCCGCGACCUCUUGGGCCGAAGACCAUAA